AUGGCACAAAUUCAACAACAGCUUGAAAAUAUCCCAGGAUAUGACAUGGCUAUGGACAAGUACAAUGAGGUGGCCGGCGAGAAAUUCAACACCAUCAAUCCUUAUCAAGAUGAGAACGAUAAGAAGCGGAAACUCGAUCCGCAAAUCCACCUGAAGAAAGAGCAAAAAGCAUGGAAAAAAAUCCAAAAGCAAGCUUGGGUAGAUGAUAAGUGUUUCCUUGGUCUGUGUGGAGUAGGCAUGGAUUGUGGUAUAGGGCUAGCUCCAGUGGCCUGUUUCUUCCUUCCAGCCAUUGGCCCACUAGUGAUGUACGUCGUUCAUGCUCGAGUGAUAAGCAUUGCCGAAAAGGAGUUCUUCAUCCCGAAUCAAUUGGAGGCUAAGCUUCAUUCCCAGAUCCUAUUCGACUUGCUUAUAUCUCUUCCACCAGUCAUUGGUGGGUUCUUUACCUGGCUCAAUGGAUGUCUGACAAGAAACGCUGGAAUGAUAUAUAAACAUUUGGAGAAAAUUGGAAAAGAAAGGCAACAGAAUGAACGUCCUCAAUACAUUGGAACUACCGAUCAGCCGCAAGAACCCUUAUAUCAGAGCCAUGCACGCUCACAGAACUACAACCCUCCACCACCCAAAAAGAAGCUUUUCAAGAAACAGGAAGAAGAUCCUAUAGAAGUUUCUGCACAACAACAAUCUGGCGUUCUUUGA